AUGAAUUUUACAGAUCAAAUGGAAAUUCAAGAAAAGAGUAACCAAACUCCAAAGGUACAUAAAUUAGAUACAACAUGGACACUUUUCACAGAUAAAAAACAAUUUAGCUCAGUUCAAGCCACCUCCCACGAUGACUAUUUAUCAACUUUAACAAAUUUAGGUACAUUUUCUUCUGUCGAAGAUUUUUGGAGUUUUUAUCAUCAACUUCAAAGACCAUCAAAAAUGGCACCAGAUACUACAUAUCAUUUAUUUAAAUGUGGAAUUAACCCAACAUGGGAAGAUCCAGAAAAUAUUAAAGGCGGUAAAUGGGUUCUCACUUUCCAAAAAAAUACAAGAUUUAUUUUUAAUGUUGAUUUAAUAUGGGAAGAUAUUGUUUUGGGUGUUGUUGGUGAAACCAUUGAUCCAGAAAGAGAAAUCUGUGGUAUUGUACUUAGUAAACGUGAUCAAGCCGAAAGAAUAGCAAUUUGGACCAAAGAUUGCACAAACCAAAAGGUUAUUGAUCAACUUAAAACAAAUAUUUACAAUACUAUUUCAUCCGCUUGUCAAGGUGUUGACCUUACUAAAUUAAAUCUUAGAUAUCAACCACAUAGCAAUACACUUUCAUCCUCCUCAUCCACCCCAACCAUCACCCCUUCAACUUCCUCAACCUCACUUUCUUCUUUAGCAAAUUCAAAUUCAAACACUCCAUUUUAUAAAUCAAAUCAAAAUAAUAGUAAUAAUAAUUUAAAUAGUUUAGUUGCAGGUUUAAAUAAUCCACAACAAAGUAAUCAAAAUGGUUUGGACACAAGUAAAGAUAAUAACACAACAGUUUCAAGUAAUAAUAAUGCAAAUUCCGCUUCAACCACACCAACUACUGAAUCUUCUUAA